GUAUAGUGGCAGUAGUUCUCCUGCCCCUGGGAUGACCAACUCAAUCUGUCAGUCAGUCAGUCGGGUCAGUCCUGGAUCGAUCACACACCCCGAUGGUGAUCGCCUCCUCAGUCCUCACUCCAACUAACCCCAAUCACCCUCUGUAGCUGCCUCCUACUACCAACACCUUCUUGGCUUGCUUUGCAGCAUAUAUACUCCUCCACCGCCCGCUGCCCAGAGCUCUCCUCCUCCGAUCCAUCCUCUGGUCAUCCCUUUUCUUUUCUCUCCCAUUCACAGAACACAGAAGCUCGCUCUGCUCUCUCUUCUCCAUCCCUCAACCACAGCCUUUGCUAGAGAGGUGCCGCGCCCAAGAAGCAGAGCCAUGACGGUGAAGGACUGCGGCGGGCACAAGGGUUGCGAGUGCGACCGCCACCGGUUGUACCGCAAGCUCUGCGGCGCCCUCCUGGCGUUCGUCCUGCUGGUCCUCUUCGUGGUGCUCAUCGUGUGGCUGGUGCUCCGCCCCCAUAAGCCCCGGUUCUACCUGCAGGACCUGUCGGUGCUGUGCCUCAACGUGACCCCGCCGGCGUCCACCUACCUCUUCACCACCAUGCAGGCCACCGUCGCCGCCAGGAACGUCAACGACCGCGUCGGCGUCUACUACGACGAGGUGGACGUGUACGCGCAGUACAAGGACGUGGCCAUCACCGUGCCCACGCGCCUCCCCGUCGGGUACCAGGGCCACGGCGACCAGUCCGUCUGGUCCCCGUUCCUGCAGUCCAUGGACAGCGUCCAGCUCCCGCAGCCUCUCGCCGUCGCGCUCGCGCAGGACGAGACCGCCGGGUACGUCCUCAUCGACGUCCGUGUCGACGGCUGGGUCCGGUGGAAGGUCGGCUCCUGGAUCUCCGGCCACUACCACCUCCGCGUCAACUGCCCCGCGCUGCUCACCGUCAACGAGGGCAAGGGCAGCUACGGCGCCAACACCGGCGGCGGCACCGGAUACUUCCGCUUCCAGCAGGCAGCCGCCUGCGCGGUCGACGUCUAGUUCGGUUGCUUCAAUUCUUGUUUCGUCGUUGCUUGAUUCCUCCUCCCUCCGGGAUAGGCUGCGGUAAAUUAAGCGAGGUAGUGAUGAUCGCUCCAAUUCAUGAGCUAGCUAGCUGGUUGGUUCGUUUGUUGGGAUCUUUGAGUGGAAGGAAAGGGAAAGAUUGAUCGUCGAGGGAAAGAAGAUGGAAGGAUGAUACGGAGCAAACGUCAAGGAUGCUCUGUCUCCACCAAUAAUGAUUAUUGUGAAUUGUUCAUAUAUAUAUAUAUAUAUAUGUGUUGAUAAUUUUUUUUUUU